CACCGAGGGAAACGUGGGGCCACAGCUCCGCCCCAAGGAGGUGGAGUCCCCAAACAUUAACCUCCACGCCCUCAAAGGUCCUAGGAAUCUCUCCCACCAUGGCCUCCCUCCACACACACACACUCGUGGGUGGACACUGUUCCACACGCACCAGCCCCCACAAACUCCCCCUCACUCAAACACCUUUCCCCAAGUAUACUCCUAUAUACAUUUGGGUAGACACCCACUCAUCCACAGGACACCCCCCCUCACAAACACACAUACACACACACCUUUGGGUGGAUCCCCCACAUGGACCGUCCCCUCGUUGAAAGACAGCUUCCACCCCGCAACUCCCACAGCCCACCCCCAUGGCCCUCCACCUUAGCUUGCCCGGUCCCACACAGAGAGACCUCCCCCAACGGGAGGAUACACCCUCCCCCACAGCUCCACACAUGAGGACAACCUCCAGCACAGCCCUUCCCCCACAAAUCUCACAGAACACACACAUACAAACACCUUUAUGGAUGUCCACCCACUUCCACAAACACCUCCCAGAAAGACCAAGAUCAGACUCCAGACCCUGAGGACACAGGGUCGCCUUGCAUCUUUUGGGGGCAGGGGCAAAUCUAAAAUGCUGAACCUCACGGAUAGGCACGGCUUUGGGUCAUUUUCUUCCCUCUCCGUGAUGUGACCUUUGACCCCGACCCCUGUCUCUGCCUACCUGGGCUGCAUGUUGGUGGAACGGGGUCCCCAGGUCUGGCUCGGCGGAGUGGCUGCUUUGUUUCUGUUCCUUUUGUGGAUGCGCGCUCUGCUGUUCCCGUACCCCCGCCUACUGCUGCUUCCCCGAGCCUUCUCCAUGGCCUCGCGCCCUCCAGAUGCCUCAGACCCGGCUAGCUCGGACUACGUUGCCGGUUCCGUUUCUGUCGUCUUUGUCACUUGCCCCAGUGAAAAGAUCGCCAAGACUAUUGCCAGGUCUGUGGUGGAAAAGCAACUGGCCGCAUGUGUCAACCUAGUACCUCAUAUUACAUCUAUCUAUGAUUGGAAAGGAAAAAUUCAGGAAGACUGUGAGGUGAUGAUGAUGAUUAAGACUCAAACUAGUUUGACGCCAAACUUGACAGAAUUUAUUCGUUCUGUUCACCCCUAUGAAGUGGUUGAAGUCAUUUCGUUACCUGUGCAACAAGGGAACCUUCCAUACCUUCACUGGGUAAAAGAUUGCACCACUAGAAAAUGACACUAUUUUGAUGAUUUCUGAACCUACCUUACCUUAAGAGAACUUCAACAUUUUCCUACUUUCUGUAAUAAACCUAUCCCCAGAA